GGGUAUAAAAGUGCAUGUUUUCUUCAACAGAAUCAUCAGUAAUCGGAGGAAACUUAUCAAAGUGUUAUCUAAGUUUAGCUCCUGUUUUUGAACAAGACAUUCAUUUGAUCCAGCAUUAAUUACAAAAAAUAAAAUCGCGAACACGUGGAGAAUAUUCUUGAUCUGAGCAAUCAAUCAGUGUUGAAGAAAUGAUUAAAUUUGCGGCUAUCAUUGCAAUGAUGUGUGGAUUCAGUGUUUCUUACACGAUUCCGACUCAAAAUGCAUUCCUCAAUUAUCAACAACCAAUGGCGAUCAGAUCCACCCAACGUACAAUGUAUGGACUACACUUACUAAAUCAACAAUUUCGGAACCAGCGAGUAGCUGCCUUUCUCGAAGAACAUCCAAACGACGUCGAUGGUGCUGAUUAUCCGGUUCAAAGCCCGAAUGUAGAGUCCGUGGCAGAAGCGUACCCAUCAGAACAGUUCCCUGUAGAAGACGAACCUCAACCAGAAGUCCCAGCUUUUGAUGAGCUUGAAACAGAAGAUUCAGUCGAUGAUGAGCCUGCAGCUUCUGCAUCUGAUCCGGCUUUCGAAUCAGGUUCAAUUCCGGAAAAGAAGAUCGAAAAUCUUCCAGAUACAGCUGAUGCCACAGAAGAGGAGGAACAAGAAACUCAGGUCGUGCGACGCCGUACAUCAUCGAAGUCUACUGGUGCAAAUGCAUACUUCCCGAUCAACUUUGGAAACGUUCAAGGUGGAGCCAUUGCCGUUGCCAAUUCUUACAGUACCGGAAAUAGUGGAUCAUCCAUCAGUACUGCCAAAGCCUACGGAAGUCUUGUAAAUGCUGAGCUGAGGAGAAGCUCUUUGGUACAGCUGAGAAAGAAAUCCGCCAAGCUUCGUGGUCGACAGUAUUAAAUUAGUGUAAUAAUAAAUCAAAGCAUCUUUUCAGUCCAAUCAUGUAUCAUAUCAUAAAUCAUUUACA